CAGGCGAUACAAUGCUCAACUUCCACGCAAAGGACAUACACAACGCCCUGGGGACCGAUCGGAAAACGUGGUUUAAGUUUGUCAACUCCAUGAUAGCCGUUGCCGUGGUCACAGCCAUAUUCGAUAUAUCAGAUCGCCACCACAAUAACGUCCUGCUCACUCCGGAUAACACUAUCUGUCUGAUAGACCUCAGUGCGUCGUUGGGUAAGAAAGCGCCGAUGGACAAGUCCCUCGAUAUCAACCCCGUGUACCUGCCCAAAAGGUUUUUGGACUUACGUGAGUAUUCCAAUGUGCUGAGUGAGAAAGUGUGGCAUGAGCCACCGAGCGACUUUUACGCAAUCGAACACGCCGCGAUGAUGGCGUACUAUCCUUUGUUUAGAGAUCCGAUACUUAAGAAGGCCAUGGAAGCAGUCAGCUACAAAAUGCUUAAGCCGCACAAGUUCCUGGCGUUGCUGCAUGAGCGGAAAAGCACCCGACAAUCGAAAGAAGGACUCAGGAACGACAUAGUCAAGGCCAUGGAUAACAGCGAGAGCUUUCACAAGUUUGUUGCGGGUAUAACCAGUAUAGUACCCAUGAACUGAGCGAUGUCUCCCCCAAGUCCAAGUCUAUCACUAGGUGUAUAAACAUACGCCUACAGGCAGAUCCCUUCUUGUAUGUUUUAGGGUGCAGGGGUUUAGGGUUUGGGGUAGUAUCCAUUCCUAGUUAGCCGGAUCCGAGACACCCACCCGUCCAUGGGCGUCUUCGGAACGCGUCUCAUAGACCUGUAUCAGACGAGCUUUUACUGGAGUGGCUUGUACAAUGAUGUCUUUGUGUAUAUGAAGAGAUACUGAGGACAGGUGGGUAUUGAACCGCUGCAGACCUAGUCGAUUCACCUACCAACCGCAAACGAUGUAGUCGAGCCGCAGCGCAUCCGAAGUUCGGAUAUUCGACUCGGUGUGCUCGCUCAUAGUCAGGCGAGUGAUGGGGUGGAUGUAUCGUUGCCAAUGACAACCACUGCAUAGGUCCACUGGCGUACGAGACGCAUCAUCUUCCUUUGCGACCUUCGAUAUCGGGAAACUCUCUCUGCGUGGUGCAGUAAACCAGAUCUUAUCACAGGAAACUCAGUUUUCGCCGUGCUGGUGUAAUAAAAUAAUAUACAUUGGGGUCUCUCACCGGCAAC